GCGUGUGCAGCUCUUGUUCGACACGAGCCGCGCUAGCAGGGUGAAGUUUUCCGCGCUCCGACCAAAAGGCAGAACCCGCAGUCCGCGACGAAUUCCUUCAUCCCUCUGUGUUCGGCGCAAAGCCCGCGUUCUGUAAAUUCACGUCCCGCACCGGAAAGGUGACGAACGAGCGGGUGGCCACACAUAAACACGCACGUGGCAAACACGAGCAGCACGACAGCACCGAUCACACACGGAAGGAAAUGUGCAACGCAGAAACCCUUCCGUCGCCGUAGUUGCAGCUGUCUCUCGUACUGCUGUGGUGUGGUGUGCCGUCUUGUAUCGAUGCGAUCGCCCCACGUGUUUGAGGUUAGGUGUCGGAACAGUUCCGAGUGUGUGCGAAUUGCAGCUGUGAAAAAGUGAGACGAACUGCUCGUGUCGCUGCCGUCGGUCGUGCACCGUGCCGAAAGACGUGCAACAAAAGGCUUCUUCGCCUUGCAAAGACGCUGCCAGAAGCUGCCGUCCCUCACCCGCCCGGGCCCCUGCGUGUGUGUGUGUUUGCGUGUGUAAGUUACAUAAAGAAAAGGAGUGAAAAACGAAAGACACACACCGUGCUACCUUCCCCGUCCGCGCGCCUCAAGCACCAUGGCAGCAGCAGCGAGUAAAAAAAGCAAACGGCCCUCGUCCGCCACACUCACCGUUGCCCUGCAAACGAAUUACGAUCUGCGCCGUUCCGCGGCCGGCACCAAAUGGGAUGAAACCCUAGAGUACCUACAGUAUCUGCACGAGACGCAACCCAUCGUGCCCAAGUGUCCACCGACCAAGGAUGAGCUGAUCGCUUCCGGCGCACUGCCGGCCGAUGCGGGACAGAACGCGGCGGCAGCCGCUGCCGCCGUCGAUCCGGAAGCACUGUUCGAGGAGUUGUUCGCGGUUGACAUUGAUUAUCUCAAGAGUUUGGAUCCCAAGGAUUGGAAGAACCAAGAUCACUAUCAUGUGCUUGGCCUGAACAAGAUGAGAUUCACAGCAACGGACGAGGACAUUAAGCGUGCGUACCGUAAGAUUGUGCUGAAGCACCAUCCGGACAAGCGAAAAGCGCUGGGCGAAAACGUCAAGCAGGACGAUGACUACUUCCACUGCAUCACGAUGGCGUACGAAACGCUCGGCACGGUGAAGAACCGUCGCGCCUUCGAUUCGAUCGAUCCCGAGUUUGACGAUUCGCUUCCGUCCCAGGCCGAGGUGGAGAAGGACUUCUUCGGCUCGCUGGCCGACGUGUUCAAGCGGAACGCGCGCUGGAACGAAUCGCGCAAGGCGGCCCCGCUGCUGGGAGACGACAAUACGCCGCGCGAGGCGGUGGAACACUUUUACGACUUCUGGUACAACUUCCAGAGCUGGCGCGAGUUCAGCUACCUCGACGAGGAGGACAAAGAGAAGGGCCAGGAUCGGGAGGAACGCCGCUGGAUCGAGAAACAGAACAAAGCCAUCCGGCUGAAGCGCAAAAAGGAAGAGUCGGCCCGCAUCCGGGCGCUGGUCGAUCUGGCGUACAACAACGAUCCGCGCGUGGUGCGCUUCAAGCGCGAGGAGAAGGAGCGCAAGCUGGCGGCCAAGCGCGCCAAGCAGACCGCCUACCAGGUGCAGAAGGCGGAGGAGGAGCGGGUGGCGAAGGAAGCGGCCGAGGCGAAGCAGCGUGCCGAGGAGGCGGAACAGAAGCGCAUCGAGCAGAUACAGAUCGAGCGCGAGCGCACGAAGCGCAUACUGAAGAAGGAGCGCAAGCUGCUGCGGGACACGGCCAAGGGCAAGGACUACUUCGCGUCGAACGACAAGGAGCGCCUGAAGCAUCUGGAGGGCAUGGAGAAGCUGAUCGAGUCUUUCAAGCUGCUGGAGCUGCAAGAUUUUAACAAGGAGCUGGCGGCGGGCGGCCGGCCAGUGUUCGUGAAGGCACUCGGCGAGCUGGAGGCAAGGCUGGAGCAGGAGCGCAUGGCCGCCCAGCAGUCGGCACAGAUACCGAACAAUGCCGGGCUGAAGGUGGUCAACCGGAAGGCGAUGUGGACGCACGACAACGUGCAGCUGCUGAUCAAGGCGGUGAAUCUGUUCCCGGCCGGCACGAUUUCCCGCUGGGAGGUGAUAGCGAACUACCUGAACCAGCACGGCACGGAGCUGGGCGACAUGAAGUUCUACGCCAAGGACGCGCUGAACAAGGCGAAGGAACUGCAGGCGGGCGAUUUCUCCAAGAGUGACCUUAAGACGGUGGUUAACCAGCAGGCGUACGAGUCGUUCGAGCGCAGCAAAAAGGAUCUCAAGAUAAUCGACAACUCCGAGAUCAGCACGAAGGAGGCGGCCGAAUUGGCCAGCAAGGAGAAGGGACAGAGCGACAGCAAGCCGAAACCGGCCGCCGCGGAGAAGAAGGCCCCACCGAUGGUCAAUGGUGGUUCGAAGGGACACGGCAACGGCACUACGGUGCAGGAGAAUGGUGCACCGGAGGGCAAAGAAAAUCGCAACAAGCAACCGAAACAGAGCACCAGCAAAGAGGAAAAACCACACGCGAUGAUGAAUGGAACGGCGACGGAGGAAGAGAGCGGCAAUACAACCGGUGGGGCGGCGGCUCCGGCGGUACAGCAGCCCGAUGGCAAGGCAGCGAAACCGGCCAGCAGUGCCGGAACGGCGCCAGCCAAGAAGGAGAAGGAAGCGAACAAGGUUUGGAGCAAGGAGGAACAGGCACUGCUCGAGCAAGCCAUCAAGACGUAUCCCGUGUCGUGCGGACCGGAUCGCUGGGAUCGGAUAGCGGAGUGUAUACCGAACAGGACGAAAAAGGAUUGCAUGCGGCGGGUGAAGGAACUCGUUGAUCUGGUCAAUGCGAAGCGCGAGGCUCAGCAGAGUGUGAAGUAGGAGGGUAGCGAAUGGUAGGAGAGGAAAAGGAGAGGGAGAGCAAGAGAGAGAAAGAGAGGGCAGGCCGGUUCGGACAGGGAUUGUAUAACAUCUUACGCCGGCGGCAACGAACACCAUGGCGUAAUGCAACGAGGACGCGGACAAGUUGUGUACAUAAUGCUAGUAUCUGGUUCUACUACCAUCGUAAAAAACUAACAAACAAACACACACACACAUCCAUACUAGAGCACACAUACGCACACAAGACAUUCAGACAGAACUUACAACAAACACACAUCCAUUUUCUAUUAGAAACACUGUGACCAACAGAGAACAGAAUAUGCCUCAUGAAAUUUGCAGACAAUGAUUAAACAAACCGAAGAAGAAAAGAAA